UUUCAACCCUAGCCACCAUCCCAGAGAAUAUCGAGUCAGCGACGGCUCGGAUUUCCAUUCAUUUAUCAAGCUGCCAAAAGCUGCACCAAUCCGGCCUCGGAAAGGUGAAGGAAAGUAAAAUCAGUCAAGUUAGUCGGACGCCCUGGGUUCUCGUCACGCCAGAACGUCAACACGAUGAAUACCAAGACUCUUGCCGCGCUGGUGGCAACCACCCUCCUCGGCCAGACCAUAGCUGGUCCCCAUAGACACGGCCUUCAGCACUUGCACCAGAAGAGGGCCACUAUCACCGAGGAAAGCACGGUUACGCAUUGGGUGACCGUCACUGUUUACGAAGACGGGACCGCUCCCACCCCCGAGGCUUUCUACAGCCACUCUCACAGGUUCAGGCUCAAGCACAGCUCUUCUUCUCCGAGCUCCUCCACGCCCGUCGUCGCUCCGGUCGCGUCGACCAGCGCCGCCCCUACAUCCAGCUCCACGUCUGUAACCAAAGUUGUCGCGUCGUCCAGCACCACGCCUGAGGCUGAUGAAGACGCUUCAACCCCCCCUGCCGCGCCACCGACGUCGUCUUCAUCUGUGCAGGCUGCUCCGUCUCUGGAACCUGUCCCGGUGGACGACGGCAACAACGAUAAUACCGGGGUGGUCACCGGCGGCAGGGCCAAACGUGGCCUCGCCUACAACGACCCCCAGUUGUUGAAGGCCUUCCUCGGCGAUGGCACCAAGGUGACUUGGACUUAUAACUGGGGCCAGCAGGACGAUUCGGGCACCGACCUCGAGUUCGUCCCCACCCUUUGGGGUAUCAAGCUCGACUUCGCUGAUACAUGGCCUGCCAACGCUCAAAAGGCCAUUGACGCCGGAUCUAAGUGUCUAUUCAGCUUCAAUGAGCCCGAGCUCGAGGCCCAGGCCAAUAUGUCGCCGCAGCUCGCCGCCCAGAAGCACAUUGAGCUCAUGAACCCCUUUUCGGGCAAGGCCCGCAUCGGCUCCCCCUCAAUCACCAACGGCGUCGGCCCCAACAACGGCAUCGGAUACCUAAAGCAGUUCUUUGACGCGUGUGCCGGAAAGUGCGCCGUGGACUUUGUCAACAUCCACAUCUAUGGCGUCGACACCAACACGUUCCUUAGCCACUUGCUCGACGUCUAUGCCGCGUUCAACAAGCCCGUCUGGAUCACAGAGUUUGCCUUUGAUGGCACCGACGACGAAAUCAACUCGCAGCUCGAGACGGUCAUCGACCAGAUCGAGAAUAACUCGACCUACUCUUUUGUCGAGCGCUACUCGUACUUCAUGGUGCAAGACGGCACCAUGAUCAAGAACGGCGCGCCCAGCGAGUACGGCAACACUUUCGCCUACGCUACAUGACGUGAGCCGGAGUGUCGCCAGACUCCCAUGGUUGCCACUACGAAUGCCAUUGGCUAUAUCUGCGCAAGAUCUUGUCUGUCUCUUGCAGCAUCUCUGCAGCCAUCUGUUCGCCACAUGAGCAGAUAUGGAGAUCCGGACUACCUGGACCGUUAUCUCUUGCCAUGAGCAUCACUUGAUUUCCACUGUACAUACUUGACCACCGUUUUCUCCUUCUCUUCACUCGUUUCCUGCCCGCGGAGGCAGAAGUGACAUUUGAGGCACUUUCCCUUCUUGUAUGUACAUUAGUUAUGUCAACGGCUAUGAGCACUUUGGUUCGGCAACGACACUGGCCAACAACUGGGAGGGUUACGGUGGGAUCGGCGCAUAGACACGAAAUCUACCGGUCGUUAGACGGGCCAGAGUUGGACUGAUGAGUCACGAAAUGGACGUCAUAACGCUUUCACUGGUUCUUGUCUCUAUGCUCAUUUGUCUUUGAUGUUAGUGCCUUGUGUUUUGAUUGAAACAAGAGCCCAACUCGGCUAAAGAAUUCGGCCGAAGAACCCAUUCCAGAGGUUGAAACAUCAUCUCUCGGUUCCUGGGAAAAAAGGGGAAAAAAAAAAUCCAAUCAAGUCUCGUGACGACGGUCGCCAGGCAUAUUGGAGGCGGAAGGUUGUUUCAAAGGGGAUAUCCCUACAAAGAGUGAAGACGCUUUCGCCGCGGCACAGUCACCGGUUCAAGCUAUCGAUGUAUGUACAUCCUGAAACACGUCAAAAAUCUGGAGUCACCUGCAGUCAACUCUAUAGGCGUUGCGCCGUCUC